GGCGCACGAUCGGUACGAUCGCCACGCGAAUCCGUUCGAAGGCGCACGGUCGGUUGGGUUCGAAGAUUUGGAAAAGCAGCGUGCCAGUUCCCCGGUUGCCGCGAACGAGUGCACAACGUUUUUCCUGAGGCUGAGAGUGAUCAGUACACUUGGUACUUGCUUAUAUUACGCCCAUAGGCUAGCGUGCGCCCGUGCGUGCGUCCCGUGGCGGGAAAAAUCAUUAUGGACGACGUGGUGCGCUUCACAAUCAACGGCAAGCAGUACACGGUACGCGCCACGACCGCUCCGGCGGACACAUCGCUAAACACGUUCAUCCGCGAUCAUGCCCAUCUGAAAGGGACCAAGUUCAUGUGCCGGGAGGGUGGAUGUGGCGCCUGUGUCGUUACCGUGUCGGACUAUCAUCCGGCCACGCGCGAACGUCGUUCGUGGGCAGCAAAUUCGUGCCUAGUAUCGGUGUUCUCCUGCGAUGGAAAGGAUAUUGUCACAAUUGAGGGAAUCGGUGGGCACAGGAAAGGUUCCUACCAUCCCAUCCAGCGCCGGCUGGCAGAGUACGGUGGCUCACAGUGUGGAUACUGUUCUCCGGGCAUGGUGAUGAGCAUGUACAGCUUGCUUGCCUCCCGAAAGCACGGCCAACAGCAGCAAGCUGAGGAAGGAACAGUUGAGCCUGCGCUGACAGCGGCACAGAUCGAACAGGCCUUCGAUGGGAACGUCUGUCGGUGUACCGGCUAUCGUCCGAUCCUGGAUGCUUUCAAAUCGUUCGCAAACGAUCAAGAUCAAGAGCCACCGAUUGUGGACAUUGAGGAUUUGGUGGGCAGCACGCCAACGGCUGGAGCUAUGGGAAAGGGUUCUGUCUCACCAUCAAAAUGUCUCAAGUUUGCCGAUGGACGAAAGUGGUUUAAAGUGUUGACGCUCUCGGAAGCCUUCGAUGUGCUGCAGACGAUCGCCAACAGCGAACCGUACACCUUCGUCAGCGGGAAUACGGCGCAUGGAGUGUAUAGACGUUCCGAUCGGUUGAAGGUGUUCAUAGACGUAAACGCAGUAGAGGAGCUUCAUCGGCACUCGGUUGAUCAAGAUCUUGUGGUGGGAGCUGGCCUACGUUUGACCGAGUUUAUUGCACUGCUAGAGCAAACGGCGGAAGCACAUCUAAACUUUACUUACUGCAUACCGAUGGCAAAGCACAUCAGAAAGGUGGCUAAUCUGCCCGUGCGCAAUGUCGGUACAAUCGGGGGCAAUCUGAUGAUCAAGCAUCAACAUCCAGAGUUUCCUUCGGAUAUAUUUCUACUACUAGAAACUGUAGGCGCCAAGCUGACUGUUCUGUCCUCCACUGACAGUGAUCCUCUCGUCGUAUCACCACUCGAAUUCCUGAAGCUCAACAUGCACAAAUGCAUCCUAACAUCCGUCCGACUUCCACCCCACGAUCACGUUAGCACGACGUUACGAUCGUACAAAAUUAUGCCCGUUGCCCAGAACUCCCGAGCCUACGUAAAUGCCGGCUUCCUGCUACAACUGUGUCCCGAUCGCAAGCUCUGCACCUCCAUCCGCAUCUGCUACGGUGGCAUCAAUCCUGCUUUUGUACAUGCGCAACAAACGGAAAGCUUCCUCACCGGCAAGCCCCUCUUCCUUGACAGCACACUCUCCCAGGCGUUGAAAGCCCUCGAGCGUGAGCUAAAACCCGACUGGAUACUUCCCGAUGCAUCUCCAACCUAUCGCAAACAGCUCGCUCUUGCCGCCUUCUAUCGCUUUGCGCUCAGUGUGCAUCCCUCCGUUGGUCGAACGUAUCGCAGUGGUAUGGAACCGAUCGAGCGGCCGCUCGUCUCAAGCGGUCGGCAAACGUACGACACCUACCAGAAACGGUGGCCACUCACCCAAAGCAUACCGAAGCUGGAAGGGUUGGCGCAGUGUUCCGGUGAGGCAGAGUACAUUAACGAUAUGCCAGUGUUGCCGAACGAACUGCACGGUGCGCUGGUACUCUCGAACGAGAUCCGGGGAAAGAUCGUGACGAUUGAUGCAUCUGAAGCGCUUGCUCUGCCCGGAGUGAGGGCGUUCUUCUGCGCGCAAGAUGUUCCAGGAUUCAACAACUUUAUGCCACUAGAGAUGGGUUCCCCGGAGGUGGAGGAGAUCUUCUGCAGCGGAGAGGUACAGUUCGCCGGACAGGUUGUGGGGAUGAUCUGUGCAGAUAGUUUCGAGCUGGCCAAUGCUGCCGUGGCGAAGGUUCGGAUUGAGUAUAAACCGGCCAGCAAUAGGAUCAUUCUGCCGACCGUGCAGGACGUGGUGGACGCACUGGACUAUAGUCGUGUUAGCGAUCAACCAUACGAUCGUCACGGUGCCCGGUAUCAUCUUGCCAAGGAAGGUCCGUACAGCGUCAGUGGCCGGUUCGAUCUGCGUGGUCAGUACCAUGGGCAGCUCGAGACGCAGAUCGCCCUUUGCGUUCCGCACGCCGACUCGAUGGACGUGUACUGUGCGACCCAGUGGCUGGAUCACGUGCAGAUCGCCGUCUCCCAAGCGCUGCAGGUUCGUGAAAGCUCACUAAACCUUACCGUUCGGCGCGUUGGAGGUGCGUACGGUGCGAAGCUAACGCGAGCGACUCAGAUCGCCUGUGCCUGUGCAGUGGCCGCCUACCGAACAGGGUCCCCAGUUCGGAUGAUCCUUCCACUCGAGACGUCAAUGUCCGGUUCGGGCAAGCGGUGCGGAAGUGUCAGCGAGUAUGAGGUGUCGUUUGACGCGAGCGGACGCAUCAGCCGGCUGUCGCACACCUUCAUACACGAUGCUGGGGCCACGCUGAACGUGAUGCUCGGCGCGAUAACGAGCGAUAUGUUUAAAAACUGCUACCGAACGGACUACUGGAAGCUGCGCACAAAGAUCGCUCGCACGGACGCUCCACCAAACACGUGGGCCCGGGCUCCGGGCUCGUCCGAAGGUAUCGCAAUGGCGGAAAACAUCAUGGAGCACAUUGCGCACCAGACAGGGCUGGAUGCGGUGGACGUGCGGAUGGCAAACAUUUCGCGCGAGAACAAGAUGCACACGCUGCUGCCACGCUUCCGGCGUCAGGUGGAGUACGACGAGCGUAGGCGACAGAUUGACCAAUUCAAUGGGGAAAAUCGGUGGAACAAGCGGGGUAUCGCGAUCAUGCCCAUGCAGUACCCGCUGGAGCUGAACUCGAUGAAGAACGCGGUGCUGUCGGUGUACAGUGACGAUGGUACGGUGACGAUCGUGCACGGCGGCAUCGAGAUGGGACAGGGCAUUAACACGAAGGUAGCGCAGGUGGCGGCCCAUCUGCUGGGCAUACCGAUCGAGAAGAUUGUCGUACAGCCUACGGACAGUUUGUUGAAUGCCAACUCGAACGGUUCCCAGCAUACGCAGGCAACGGAUAGUGUCGCUUUCGCCGUCAAACGAUGUUGCGAGAUACUGCUCGAACGACUCCGUCCUUACCGUACACUGCUACGGCGCACUAGCUGGGAAGAGAUGGUACGCAAUGCCGCUAUGGACGACGUGGAUAUGCAGGUGUCGUUUUACGCCACUCCGACCGAUAUGCGCACUUACACCAUCUGGGGAUUGGCAUGUGGUGAGAUUGAGCUGGAUGUACUCACCGGGCAGGUGCUUGUACGGCGAGUAGACAUACUGGAGGAUGUAGGCGAAAGCAUAAACCCCGGCAUCGAUGUUGGCCAAAUCGAGGGUGCGUUCGUGAUGGGGUUGGGCUACUACCUGACCGAAGUGCUGGUGUAUGAUCCGAAAAAUGGUGCGCUGGUGAACGAUCGUACCUGGAACUACAAGAUGCCGGGCCAUCGGGACAUUCCCGUUGACUUCCGUGUGUCGUUUUUGAGUAAAAGCUCCAACGCUGGUGGCGUCCUGCGCUCCAAGGCCACCGGAGAGCCGGCCUUUUCGCUAAGUCCGGUGAUCGUUUACGCCGUGCGUAAUGCUUUGCGAGCGGCAAGACGAGAUGCAGGCCUACCGGACAUUUGGUUGCAUAUGGGUAGUGGCAUGACGCCGGAGAAAAUAUUUGCCCUGUUGGAGAGUUCCAUCGAUCAGUACAAAUACGAAUGAAGUGCAAGGUACUGUAAUCUUGUAGGGCAGCAUCGUGGCUUCAUUGGCGACUGCUGUACAUAUAAAACACUGUAAAAAUCUGUGGCAUACUUUCUAAUUACUAUGUAUAAUCAACCCAAAGUAUAAUAUAUCAUUUGCUAUAUCAAACGGCGCUAAUAAAGUACACUAAGAUCUGAAAAUAAUGAUCCUGCCUGUACCCACUAGUGAAGUGGGCUUGACUUUCAGUGACUUUUUGAUACCGUAGCAGGAAAGUCAGUCCUACGUAUGGAGGCACGGUCUAUUCGGGGCUUGAAUCCAUGACGGGCAUGUUGUUAAGUCGUUCGAGUUGACGAUUGUACCACCAGAUCGGCCCAAAUAAUGAUAUUUCUCAUUAAACGAAGAAAUAAAGAGAAUUGAAUUGUUUGACAAUUGCUAAC